AAUGGUUUAAGCUUUCCUUUGUUGAUUCUCAGUCCAAUAACCUACCCUACUCAACUAAAUUUCUUCAGUUUCAACCAAAUCUUUCAGCUCAAAGGGCUAAUCGCACAUUGACCUAUUCUUCAACUUGAAGAAAUGAAGGAGGGUGGUAGAAAACAAGGUGCAACGUCACCAUGUGCAGCAUGCAAGCUACUUCGAAGGAGAUGCGCAAACGAUUGUGUGUUUGCUCCUUAUUUCCCUGCAGAUGAGCCUCAUAAGUUUGCUAUUGUUCACAAGGUUUUUGGGGCUAGCAAUGUCAACAAAAUGCUACAGGAAUUACCUGAGCAACAACGUAGUGAUGCUGUUAGUGCAAUGGUUUAUGAAGCGAAUGCAAGGGUUAGGGACCCUGUGUAUGGAUGCGUGGGAGCCAUAUCCUCUCUUCAGCAACAAGUUGAUGAGUUACAAACCCAGUUGGCACUAGCACAAGCAGAGGUUGUGCACAUGAGAAUGUGCCACGCGUCAACUUCAUCUGAUCAACACAAACCAGCCUCCAAUACAUCCUCAGAGAACUUGUCCCCAUCAAGUAGGCUCGCCAAGUCUCUAUUUGACAUGGACAUGGUCGUUGAUCAGCCAAACAUGGGGGAGUCAUUGUGGUCAUGUUAGUAUCCAGGGCUGAUAGCGGUGACUAAUCUCCUCGCUACGUUGGAGGCACCUCAAAGGGUGGGAUAGCUGGCCCCAAGAUUUAACGCGGCUGCAUGCACAAGGCAGGAUUCGAACCCCUGACUUUGCUUAAGCGUGGAUCAACUCCUACCGCUGAACCACACGCUUGGGGUUAAAUUCAAGUGUAUAUUAUUAAUGCAAAACUCAAAUUUUGAUAAAAAAAAAAUAACACCAAUUAUACUUGCACUUAAAAAAUUAUACUUAAAUUUUGUUAUUAUUAUUAUUAUUAUUAUUGGGGUGGAUAAAAUGGGCAUGUCUAGCUAGCUAUCUUCACUUUAUUUGUUUUCUUCUUAUUAUUACUAUCACGGGCUUGGCUCGUUUUAUU